AUGUUGGUGUGUGAAGGACCAAGACCUGAGCGGCCAUCGCAGAAAUUCGGCACAGCUAAGGGCUUUGCCAGAGUGGUCAUGUCCAAGGAUCCCCUGGACAUGGCCUUGCCCGAUGAGGACGAAGCUGAUGAUUACGACCGUGAUGAGGAUUUUGAUGGAGACUACCACGGGGAUGAAGCCUUUGAGCUCAAAGGCACUGAAGAGUUGGCGAUGGAUUAUGCAGUGUUUGGCAGAUAUGUGAAGAGUGCCCAAUCAGAGAAUGGCAAGCCGGUCUUUCUCGGGCCGAAGACAGAAGGCUCACGUCCAAGCAUUGCCUUUACCACUAUUGGCGAUGGCAAGCCAACCUGGUGGAUUUGUGAUGCGUCAGGUGGGGAGUGCUUCUAUGCAGAAGCCGACUCCGAUAUGCCCCCCAGGGAAGGCUGGCGCAAGGAGUACUGCGACGAUGACUUAAAGAUCACCUUGGAAGCAGUGGAGGGAAGUGGAGAAGACAAGGGGCAGGAGUCACGUGGCCGCUCUCGAAGCCCUCGGCGGGAACAAUGUCCCUGGUAA